UUUUCUUGUGUCUAAAUUAAUAUACUUGUUAAAUUAUGAAACUCAUAAUUAAACCUAACAAAAAAGAAAAAGGCAAGUAACGAAAACAAUAUUUAAAGCCCAAGCCAGUCCAGUUGCAUCCUAUCAAACUCAACCCGACCCGAGUAACUAUACUAACCGCUGUAUCGGGGAACUCCCGCUCAAUUGUUCCAACUGCAAAACCUCUCACUCCCAAAAUCUCCAUAAUCCAUCAUGAAAAUGCGUUUCACUGUGUUUAUCAUCGUUUUAACCAUCAAUUCGCUUUCCCUUUCAGCUGAUCCUUUCAACAAUGUUACUCUUUACGGCGACGCUUUAUUCACUUCAAAAUCGAUCAACCUCACUCAACAACGCAACUGUUCUUCAUCAUCAUCGUCGUCUCCGUAUUCUAGCAUUGGAAGAGCUUUUUACGCCUACCCGGUUCGGUUUAUUGAUUCUUUAACCAAUAACACUGCUUCUUUCUUGUGUACUUUCUCUUUUACUGUAAUCCCUCCUUCCCCUUCUUGCCCUUUUGGUGAUGGCAUGGCGUUUUUCAUCACUUCUGAUGUUGAUGAUUCUAUGGGUUACUCUGAUGGCUACAUGGGUCUUCCCAAACAAGAUUCGGAGACAGAUGAUUCCUUCUUGGCCGUGGAAUUCAAUACGAAUGAUAACCUUAUCAGUGUUGAUACUAAAGAAGUUAGAUUGUUGGGUUCGGUUAAUGUUGAUUCAGUUGGGAUUGAUUUGAAAAGUGGGAAAGAAAUGGCGGGAAGGAUUGAGUAUAAAGAUUCGGAGAAAAUGAUGAGAGUUUGGAUUGGUUAUGAGUUGCAGAUUAGGCCACCCAGUCCUGUUCUUUCAACUCACAUUGAUAUUUCCAAUCAGUUGAAGGAGUUUAUGAGGAUUGGUUUUACUGCUAAAGGGUCUGCUGUUUAUAGUAUUAGUCGUUGGCGAUUUAGAACGUUUGGAUUGAUUUCGUCUCCAAUGGCGACUUGGGAUGACGAAGGGAACUGUUUGAUGUGUUUCCCUGAGGAGGAAAUUGGUGAGCAUAAGUCUGAUUCUCAUCAUGGUAGUAGUAAAGGCUUUCUGAAAUUGACUUAUGGGGGGUUAGCUACUGUUGUUACACUUGCUGCUUGUGUUCUUGCUAUUUCGUUCGUUUUAGCGAGGAGGAGAAAAUGCGAUAGAGUGGAGGAGACUAAUGAAGGGCAAAUAUGUAGAUUACCAGGAAAUAGAGUGCCUCAAAAAUUGUCAUUAUCUGAAAUAAAAUCGGCUACGGAAGGUUUUAAUCAUGAAAGGAUAAUUGGUGAAGGAGCAUCUGCUGUUGUGUAUGAAGGGGAAAUUCCUUCUAAGGGAUCUGUGGCUGUUAAGAGAUUUGUACACGGGGGUAGAUUGGGUCCUUCAUAUGUUCCUUUCAGUACUGAAUUUGCUUCUAUGGUUGGUUGUUUAAGACACAAGAAUUUGAUUCAGCUUCAAGGGUGGUGUUGUGAGAGGAAUGAAUUGGUCUUGGUUUAUGAAUUCAUGGCUAAUGGUAGCCUUCACAAGAUCCUCCACGAGCGAUCGCAUUUGACUAAGUUUCUGACAUGGGAGAGAAGGCUGAACAUAGUUAUUGGUGUGGCAUCUGCUCUUAUGUAUCUUCAUGAAGAGUGUGAGAAUCAUAUAAUUCACAGAGAUGUGAAGAGUUGCAAUAUAAUGCUCGAUGCUGAGUUCAAUGCCAAGCUUGGUGAUUUCGGGUUGGCAGAGGUGUUUGAUAAUUCUAAGACAAGGGAUGCUACGGUACCAGCUGGUACAAUGGGAUACUUUGCACCUGAGUAUGUCUAUUCUGGUGUUCCAACUGUUAAAACAGAUGUGUAUAGCUUUGGUGUUGUGGUACUAGAAGUGGCAUCAGGGAGAAAGCCUAUUGAAGAAGGUGGCGUUUUGAUUACUGACUGGGUGUGGGACUUGUGGGAGAAAGGGAAGAUAACUGAGGCUGCUGAUCCGAAACUAAUGGGGCGAUUUCAGAAGAACGAGAUGGAUAGAAUGCUGAUCGUGGGACUUUCUUGUGUGCAUCCCGAUCAUGAGAAGAGACCGAGAAUGAGAGAAGUUUACCGUAUGCUUAAAGAUGAAACUGCACUUUUCAUUUUACCUCCAAAGAAGCCAACUGUGAGACUCCAAUCUGUUUUACCAGAGGGGUGUGAAGAAAUCAUGAAUUGGGCUGGAAGAGUGGAGGAUACACCAUGGUCCACUCCAAGAACUCAUUUUAGCAGGAACUAGCUUUAGCUUUGAGGAGGAAGGGCAUUAGCAGCUGAAUUGUUUUUGGACACACAAGGAUUGAUUCAUCUUUUGUGCUAUUCAAGAUUUCUGAAUAUAGUGUGUCUGAUUUGUACCUUGUGUUUGCAGCAAGUAGUGCAAAUAUUGCUAAAUUUUGGUGUUGAGUAGAAUCUAGUAUUUGAAAUUUUACCUUGUAUUGAAACUCAAAAGCACUUUCAAGAAACAAUAAUUAGGAGAAAAUUUACUUUUGA